AUGAGUACCCAGACACUUCUGUUAUUCUCUCUUGUUCUCUUCUCUUUCCUCUGUAAAUCCCUCUGUGCGUCUAAUGACUCCAUCUCUGCAUCUACUUCGUAUAUCUUAAACUGUGGUAUUUCAAAAGACGGACUUGAAGAUGCAGACACUCGGAAAUGGAAUCCCGAUACCAAGUACCUCGUAUCAUCAGACGAUUCCAUCUCUGCCAAAGCCGAAUUCCAAGACCCUUCUCUGCCUUCCACUGUCCCUUACAUGACUGCAAGAAUUUUCACAUCUAAAUCCACUUACAUCUUCAAGGUUUCCUCAAAACAACGCCACUGGAUCAGACUCCACUUCUACCCAUCCUCUUACAGCAGCCUCAACAUCUCUGAUGCAUAUUUUGGGGUGAUCGCUAAUGGGAUAACGGCCCUCCAUAAUUUCAGCGCCUCCAUCACAGCCCAAGCCCUCACACAAGCUUACAUUUUGAGAGAAUUUUCCUUAAGCUCUUCACCAAAUGGACGUGUAAACAUCACUUUCUUGCCUUGUCCCUUCCACAACGGAUCUUAUGCUUUCAUCAACGGCAUCGAAAUAAUUGAGAUGCCGGACUUGUUCUCAACGGCAAUGAUGGUUGGUUUUUCAGACCAGAGUGUUGAUCUUGGGGGCUCCGCUUUCCAGACGAUGUUCAGGGUCAAUGUCGGUGGGCAAUAUAUUUCGCCGACGCAGGAUUCCGGUCUCAGCCGGACAUGGUAUGACGAUUCUCCUUAUGUGUUUGGCGCUGGUGUCGGUGUCGUAGGUGAUGCUGAUAAGGGCUUUAUUCUACGGUACACCACCGACACACCAGAAUACGUGGCACCGGCGGAUGUGUACACUACGUUCAGGUCGAUGGGCCCGGAUCCGAAGGUCAACUCGAAUUACAAUCUCACUUGGGUUUUCCAAGUUGAUGCAAAUUUCACUUACAUCGUCAGAUUGCACUUCUGUGAGCUAGUGUGGACCAAAGUCAACCAGAGAGUAUUCGACAUCUACGUUAACAAUCAGACGGCUGAAACCGCAGCAGAUGUGAUUGUGAUGGCUGGUUCUCCUGGGUUGCCGGUGUACCAGGACUACGCCGUGUAUGUCGAGGAUGGACCCGGCGAUGAGACGAUUUGGGUUGCUUUGCACCCCUCCGUUUCGGCGGAGCCCGAAGUCUACGAUGCGUUCCUUAAUGGUUUGGAGAUAUUCAAGAUGAGUGACACUGCGGAGAACUUAGCCGGGCCCAAUCCUGUGCCCUCGCCGUUGAUGCUCGAGGCCGAGCAGGAACCCACGCAGGAGUUUGCUCCAUCAAAAUCCAACAACAAAGCCCAAGUGAUUGGUGGCGCUGCAGGCGGCGCCGCUGCCUUCGGUCUCAUGGCUGUUAUUUGCAUUGCCGUCUACCACCGGAAAAGACGAGAACUUGGAAUUGAUUCUUCUACCACCGGAUGGUUACCUCUUUAUGGCAACUCCCAGAGUACGAAUAAAUCGACCAUCUCUGGCAAGAGCACCGCAAGUAGCCAUCUUUCGUCCAUGGCUGCGUCUCUUUGCAGGCAUUUCUCCUUGGCGGAGAUCAAACAUGGUACCAAACACUUUGAUGAGUCUCAUGUAAUUGGUGUUGGUGGUUUCGGCAAGGUUUAUAAAGGAGUUGUUGAUGGAGGAACCAAGGUCGCCAUCAAAAGAGCAAACCCAUCUUCGGAACAGGGACUUCACGAGUUCCAGACAGAAAUCGAGAUGCUUUCCAAACUAAGACACAGACAUUUGGUCUCCCUGAUUGGGUAUUGCGAAGAGGACAACGAGAUGAUCUUAGUAUACGAUUACAUGGCUCAUGGCACCUUGAGAGAACAUCUGUAUAAGGGUCACAAAACUAAUCUUUCAUGGAAGCAAAGACUGGAGAUCUGUAUAGGUGCAGCCAGAGGACUUCACUACCUUCACACAGGUGCCAAGUACACAAUCAUCCACAGAGAUGUGAAAACCACGAACAUUCUCUUGGAUGAGAAAUGGGUCGCCAAGGUUUCAGAUUUUGGUCUAUCGAAAACUGGUCCAAACCUGAACCAGACACACGUUAGCACAGUGGUGAAGGGUAGCUUCGGGUACUUAGACCCAGAGUAUUUCCGGCGACAGCAACUGACGGAGAAAUCUGAUGUGUACUCGUUUGGAGUUGUUCUGUUCGAGGCAUUGUGUGCAAGGCCUGCCCUGAAUCCAAGCCUUCCCAAAGAACAAGUCAGUCUUGCAGAUUGGGCUUUACACUGCCAAAAGAAAGGAUUUUUGGAGGACAUAGUUGAUCCUCAUAUUAAGGAGCAGAUCAACCCUGAUUGCUUAAAGAAGUUCGCAGAAACAGCUGAAAAGUGCUUGUCUGACCACGGGAUUGAACGUCCAUCGAUGGGUGAUGUGUUGUGGAACCUUGAGUUCGCACUUCAAUUGCAGGAGAACCCAGACGGAGUGAAAAUGGAGGACAUUGAUGUUAUGAGAACACAUACUUCAAGCCAUUCUGAUGGGCAUGAGGCUAAUAUGGGUAUCCAUGGUUCCAACUUAAGCAUUGGAGGUGACAGCGAAGAGAACGAGGAAUCUUCAAGCGUAAUCUUCUCGCAGCUUGUACAUCCAAAGGGUCGAUGA